AUGCUUCUAAAUAGCACCAACAUCACCCAUCAGCGAAGCAACCACAUCAUUACAACCUCUUGCAGCUCGAUCCCAGUCACUCGCCAAUCCUCUAGGUCUAGUUCUGCUGAGUCGCCGCUUGACGCACCAAAAUCGCCAUUCAGGGCUGAAAUUGAUACUCGGCGCAUGCAAUCCCCAUGCCCUGUUUCCCCGCCAAGUGGCGGAUCGAGCAAUUGGUCAUCCCCGUCCACCUGUAUCUUUUCAAGUCCGCUGCGUCCUGAGGAACCUUGUGGCGUCUCCUCAAAAAUUACCUUCGAUCUGGGUGAAAUGAUUGAUGAAGCCUUCUUCUGCUCGCUCCUCCCGCCCAAACCGCGCCUCUCCGUGGACGUAUCCUCUUAUAAACACAUUCUGGGAGAGGUGGAAGAAGAAGAAGCCCCCCACUCUACGCCAUUGACUGCACCGCGCUACACUUCGGAUUAUGCCAAAGUCGUCGAUGCCCAAGGUUCUGCUGAUCCGGCCGCCGUCGAGAAUCCUAUCAUCCGUUGCCUCCCAGAUCUUCACUUGCUGCAGACACCAUUGCGGGAAGCUUUUCGCGAAGUCUUUGAUUAUCUGUCUGAUGAAACCCCUGACUAUGCCGAACAACAGACUCAGCACCCGUAUGGCACAGUCAACUGUACUCGGGGCAACUUAGCGGCGCCGUUAUCAUGCGAUUCGACCGAUCUCAAUAGCAACAUCUCUGAAUCGGAUGGAAAAUCAUCCGCAGCUCUCAAUCCACGUCCAGAAUCAUGUCUGCCUAGUCUAGAAAAUGGCCCUCCGCUGAUUCCCUUGCCCACCCCGCCCUGCAAUCUCAAACGUCUCAAAGGCCUCCACCAGGCCGAAGGCGCUUUUGUCGGGAAGCUUUGUCUUCGAUCGCGCGUUUAUACGUCAGACAAGACACUUCAAGUAUUGGAACGCCAUCCUCGAAGGCCCUCCCUUGCUUAG